CUGUGCUUGUAAUGUGCUUGACAUCUCCAGUUUUGACUUAAAAUUUUUCGAAAGUCAUGAAAUGAAUUGUAAUGUUUCAUGUUUUAAUUGUUUCAAUUCUAACGAAAUCGUGGUUUGUGGUUAAAUAUUGUAAUUUCUAAGUCGCGGUAAAACAUUAAGAUAUAACAAUGGAGCUUACAGCAGAAGGUAAAACUCCAGAGUACAUGGCAUUAGCCGGAAUAAAGUUUAAGUUGACAAUCUCGGAAUUGAAAAACGACCCGGUUCUAAGGGAUCAGCUACUUCAAGGUAUUAAAGCUGGUAACAUGGCUCCAUAUUACAAAGAAGUUUGUACGGACUUAGGGUGGACCUUUGACCAAAAGUUGUUUGAUGAAAUGGCUAAAGAAAACCAAGACAGACUUUCAAAGUUCCAGGAAGACGACUCUGAAACUCCUGUAUGGCAAGAUAGAUUAGAUUAUCUGUGUUCCAUUGGUGACAAAGAUGCUGCAACUGCGUUAGCCCAAUCUAAAUAUGAAGACUCCACAUUGACAACCAACAGGAGACUUGAUGCUAUAUUUGCUCUAUUCAGAAUUUCAUACUUCCAUGGAUGUAAUGUCAAAGAUAUGGGCAAAUACAUCAAUAAGGCCCAUGAGUUAGUAGACAAAGGCGGUGAUUGGAGGUCCCGCAACAAACUUAAGGCAUAUGAGGCUAUCUACUGUUUAGCAGUGAGGGAUUACAGUCGUUCAGCAGAUCUUUUUAUUGACUGUGUUUCAACAUUUGAGUCAUAUGAAUUGGUUGAUUUUGGGACCAUAAUUCAAUACUGCGUGUUGGCUUGUGCGUUGGCUCUCGAGCGCCACGCGUUGCAAGCGGCUUUGCGUCGCCAAGGCGCGGCGGUGCAAGCUCUACGCUCGCGAUUCCCAGAACUAAGGGAAUUGGUUGAGUCACUUCAUGAGUGUCGGUACGCUGAUUUUAUGAAGAGUCUUGCUUGGGUGGAAACUCAGAUUUGCGUGGACCCCGUGUUCCGUCCGCACUACCAGCACUACGUGCGCGAAGCGCGCAUUAAGGCGUACGUUCAACUGUUACGCGCGUAUCGCUCGCUCAGUCUUGACAACAUUGCCGACACCUUUGGAGUAACCAGGGAAUUCAUUGAAGAUGAGAUUUCUACUUUUACAGCGGCCGGCCGUCUCCAAUGUCGUAUAGAUGCAGUGGCGGGUUGUGUGGUCACAGGCGCUGGUCGCGGCGCUGAUGCCGAUCGUUCGCAUCUCUACCAAGCCACCAUUCGCGAGGGUGACUUACUGCUUAAUAGAGUCAAGAAACUCGCUAGUGUCAUUAACUUCUAGUUUUAUAUGGAUGUCUAAUUAUCAUACUUGAAUACUUCUUACAUAAAUGAAAUAGAGUCUUUAAUAAAACUUUUUUUUAUUUUGUAGAAUGGUUUGUCUAUUGUAUGAACUAAUACUAACUCUGUGGUCUUCACAGAUCACAGUGUAUAUUUAAUGUAAUGGUUAAGAUGAUUUCCUUGCGAAUACAACAAAUACAUUACUUUUUUGUACUAAAG